GUAGAUUCUAUAGAUAAAGUGAGAGACUGCUAAGAAUUCUAGAAGCUCUGCUGUGUGGUUAGGUAAGGAGCAUAUUUUUGAUAUAUCUGUCCUUAUGACAAGUUUUCUGUCUUGUGUUUUCAGGGCUCUGAGAUGUCAGAUGUGGCCAGCAGAGAGCUCCAUGCACAAGCACAAGAACAACUUCAACGCUACUUUAUGGGAAGGGCCGUAGAAGAAAGAACCCAGCAACACAGAGAAGCUUUGAUGGCUCAGAUCAGCACCAACAUUGAACAGUUGAUGAAGUCCAAGGAUCAAAAUUGGAUCAUCGCAUUUUACCUAUGGAACCAUCUCAUGGGCCCAAAAUGGUCACUCUCCAAGAGACACCGGAGUGAUGCAAACUUCUUUGGUUUCAGAGUACUAUCCAAAUGUCUUUAUGUAAAUGGCAUACCAUUUUAUAUGGGCAACAUGUUCCUUGCCUAUCAGUUCAUAUCACCAUUAUCAAAUAUCCCAGGCAAUCCAUACAUGAUGUUGCACUGACUCCCACUGUUCUCCACUCUCAUUUGGUGUCAGUUCCUAAUUAUUUGCUUUUGGGAGAGAUAUUAGAAACACAGACUGACUCACUUAGCAGGCCGGCCUGGAAUUCCAUUUGUAAACCAAACUGGUUUUGAAUUCAGAAAUCUGCCUGCCUCUGUCUCCUAAGUGUUUGGAUUAAAGUCAAGUGCCACCACACCCUAAAUUACCCUUUUGCUAUCUCAACCAAUCUCUCAGCUCCAAUGUGCAGUCACUGCAAUUCUCUGUGAAUAACCAAUCUAGAACCACCCAUGAGAAGGUGGAGCCAUACCUAUUAGAGAUGCUGGGAGUUUUAACAGGAUUAACGAGUACUAUUGUUCAUGAAUUAUCAAAAUAUGGUGUUGACCAGAUUGUAACAGCUCCUUCAGAAGCUGAAUUACCCCAUAAAUCUGACAUGGAAUUAAAUAAUACCAUCCCGGACAAUGUUCUGGAACGGCUAUCUGAUGCAGAGAAGCUAGUGGUGGAGUUGAAGGAGAUCAUUCAGCAGAAGGACCUUCAACUCCUGCAGCAGGAUGAAGUUCUGCAGGAGGAACGAAAAGCUGCUGAUACCAAAAUUAAAAAACUGAAACUACACGCAAAAUCAAAGCUUGUGUCUUUGAACAAACAGAUGGAAAAAUUGAAAGCACAAGGAGAGGCUGCUUCGCCUAUGGACCCUCAGGCUGCAGAGCCACUCUCUGAGCUGCAAAAGAGUUCUGCAGAGAUGAAGGAGUUCGUCCUGAUAAAGCAACAACUCCAAGAAAAGGAAGAACUCAUCAGCACUUUGCAAACUCAGCUCAGCCAGACCCAGGCAGAGCAGUCUGUACAGGUAGGAUGGUGGCACCUUUAUUAGAAUAAAGUACCAUGGGGUCCAGAAUGGUGUCUGUGGCAAGUCAGUCCCAACACUCACCUAAAAGCUUGGUAGAUGGCAGCAUGGUAGCCAGGCUAUUAAAGCCAAGCCUAGGAGGGUGUGGUAGAAGAGGUUAGAAGUGUGGUAAGUAUGGUAAGGGGUACAUAUUAAUAGGAAACACCAGAACCCCUCAGAAGAUGCUAUUUAUGUUGGUGAAGUUUUAGUGAUGACUGUUUUUGUUUCAUAGGUCCAGAUACUACAUUUUAAUAGCACACAGAGAUUCUGUCUCUUAGGAAUGGGGAAUGGGCUCAUGCUGAACUCAAAAGGAACUGAUAAAUAAACCAAAAGAGAUACAAAUUAUUAGCUUCCUUUUUUUCUAAUUAAAAUCUUGUUAGGAAGAUAAAUCUUCACUUUAAAGUUACUUAAUGAACAUGUAAUAAAGAAGUGGUGAAGGGUAUAAAAUUCCUUGCUAGUGGAUCUAGUAUUCAAAUGCUUCUUCAUACUUAUUUCUGAAGCCAGAGCCAGCCUGUUUGUGCUGGCUCCCUCAACUCCCUGAUUUUCUUAGUUUCCUGUCCGACAACCUACCACAUAGUUCUUCUUUAAGGAUGCUUUUGGCUCAUGCCACAUUUUUAUCGCUGGAGGGCCUUUGCACACAGCACACAGCUGAUUGUAUCCAUCAAAUAUAUUGAUAACAGAGGUGUCUCUUAUGUAGGAAUGGCCAAGGAUUGGGUACACAGAAUUAUAUACCCAGAAAUUGAUAACUUUAUCCUGUUAGCUUCUUUGGGGUCUUUAAUACAUUAUAUACAGUGUAGGAUAGGAAAAUGUUACGCAUUCUUUAAUCUUAUAAAUUGCUUAAAACAAAGGCAACCAAGGCAUAUGAAUAUAUUAACAGACCCAUCGUGGAGCAGGCCACUCCAAAUAAAAUACCAAAGCCCUAGUGUGGUGACACAAACCAUUAUCAUAGCAUUCAGAAGGCUGAGGUCGACAGGUCAUGGGUUUGACACCAGUGUUGGCUACAUGGCAAGUUCCAGGCUACACAGUGAGAUCCUACCUUAAAAAUAAACACGAUGAAAGUAACAUUAGCAUUGACAUAUGUUGGGAGAGAAAAGGUGAUUUGUGGAUAUGGCAGUUAUAGAAGCGUCCACAAAGAAAG